UUAUCUUUAAAAAUCAAACAAACAAAAGCAGCAACCAAAAAAAAAAUCAAAUCAUUUUCCAAUUUUAAGAAGAAAAAAAAUGUCAAAUAUUCCGGUGAAAAUAGUGAUAAUCAACACACAAUACAUAGAAACGGAUGCCAGUAGUUUCAAAUCGAUCGUUCAAAAACUAACUGGCAAGAAUUCCACUGUGGUGGUGGAGUCAGCUUUCGCUCCUCCACCGCCACCACUAUCACCCGUGGCAGCUUCGUACAAUGAAUGCGGCCACGGGAGUAAUAAUUAUUUGGAAGAUCAGAAUGUUGGAGCGAGUUUGGGCAGAUUGAAGUCAUUUAACGAAUUUGACAAGUUGUUCAAGGAGUUACCUACUUUAGAUGAUCUUCUCCGUCUUUAUUCGGAUGAAAUACAACAAUAACAUAUUCAAUAUAAUGAGUGAGAGAAUAUUUUCGAAAGACUCUCGAUAUGUAUAUGAAUUACGUUACUAAUAAUUAAAACAUUUCUGCUAGUAUUUUAUUCAUUCUUUGUUUUAGAUGAACUACUAUUUUUGAAAGUUUGAAUUGAAUAUGAUGUAUUAAAACACCCUAUACCAUAAUCUAAUUUAUUAAUUUUUCUUCUCUAA